AUGGAACACCCUGAGCUCGAAGACGACUUAAUGGAAAAGGUCGAAAAAGCUAUAGGUCCUGCCCAAAAACUAGCAGCUUUAAAAUCCCUAGCAGACUUAUAUGGCAAAGAAGGCUACAAAGAGCGGCAAUUGCAAUACAUUUUAAUGUGUCUAGAAAUUAGCAACGGUGAUGACAAUCUUUGGAGAGAGUUAGGCGAAGCCGCUUUACAUCUAGAAAGACUCCCAUUAGCAAUUUAUUCUUAUAAAGCCUGUGUGAAGCUUAAAAAUGCCCCAGAAAACAUAUAUGGCCUAGCCCUUGCCAAAGCAUUAUCUUAUGACUAUGUAAAUUCCCUGGCGAUUUUAAAUUUUUUAAUAGAGACUCAAAACUUUGAACCCGCCCAAGAUCUGAAAAAAUUUGUUAUGUCAAAAAUAAAAAAUGAAGAAGCUGCAGAAAGCCCUAUAAAAAUUGCAUGGCCAGCGCUGAAACAGGAAGAGCCAUAUAAAAGUAUAGUGAAAAAGGUAUCAAAUCUGUAUUCACUGAUUACAACUGCAAGAAUUCUAUGAUAUAUUUGAUAAAUAGAGCCAAGUUUAUGGGUAGAUUUGGCUUAUUUUAGUUAAAAUUAAGGAUUUAUAUUGAGAAAAGUGAAGUAAAAUUUUAGGUAAAGGGAUAGUUGACCAAGGAAAAUGGGAUUCUAAAGUAAAAUUCGAACUCUCUACAAGUGCUGCAGAAAAAGCUAUUACAGCCAAGCCUGCUCCUGUUGUAAUAAAUCCUUGCUGAGACUUCUGUGAGCAGGUAAAAAAGAUUGUGCUUGAUAAUACAAAUGAAACAUUUUUAGCUGUAGUUUGGGAUAAGACUUUCCAACUAUCUGUCAUCAGUACCAAAAUUACAGCUAUGCUAGAAGAAGAAAUUAAGCCUUUUUUCAGUUCCCCAAUGCUGCUCCGGCACAUCUGCCGAGAUCUCUUUCCUUUGCUUCUAAAAAACAACCCAAGACCGUCUACAUUGCUUUCAAACGAAAUUGGCCCUGAAAUCUUGCACAUUUAUUUCCAAUGCGAAGCUUGGACUGAUUUAUCUGACGAAUUGUUAACUUUAUUAUAUCUUUUUUACUUACUCCCUCCCCCCCCCCCUCCGUGAGCGAACAAAAAAAUUUUGUUCGCUCACGGAGGGGGGUUAAUUUUUUUUUUUAAAAAAAAUUUAUAUAUAAAUUUUUAUAAAAAAUAUUUUUUUCGAAAUUUAAAAAAAUCCUAAUUUGCAAAAAUUGGGAAGCAAAUAUUAAUUUAAUUUGCAAAAUUUAUGUUUUAAAACGCAAUUUGUUUAAAAUUAAACAGAAUUAGCUCUAGAUUUCAUUAUACUAAUUAUCACUUAUAUAUCAAAAUUUUUUUCCAUUAAAAUUUUUUCUAUUAAAAAAAAUUUUUGUUCACUCACGGAGGUGGGUUUUUGGUCAAAAAAUGGCGAUUUUUCUAAUGGUUUUGUUCGCUCACGGAGGGGGGGGGGGAGUUAAAUAUUCUCAAAAUAUAUUAUAUAUUUUUCAUCAAAUAAAAAGCUUGACGAUAAGCAAUUGCUCUUUUUUUUUAAAAAAAAUAAAUAAAAUAGCAGCAGCUGCUAUUAGCAAAAUUUCUACUGAAAAUGGUAUAAAUUAUAUAAAAAUUAAUUAUUUAUAAUAUUAAGAAUAGAGCUAUCUAAUGAAGAAAAUAUUCCUGCAGAUUUCAGAAUCUCGCUAAGGACAAAAUUAAUUAUGAAUCUGCCUGAGUCUGAUAAUAAAGAAAUAAAAGCAAGAACUUUUGCAGCAUUGGCACUCUCUCAUUUUAAGUCACGGGAAAAAUUUGAAAAAAAUCGAGAAGAUUUAAUUCAAGAAUUAAUGCAUGCUGAACAUUUGGCAGAAAAAGCUAUAAAUGAGCUCCAAGGGGCGACGAUUUAUAUGUGGUGAACUGAUACUCUUUUGAAUGAGAGUACUCUUAAUAAGCUGAGAAAUGAUGUAAAAGUGGAUUAUGCGCUGCUGGAUUUUGAUAAACUAGCAAAAGUUACACAAAAGAGUGUGGAGCCGAUUUUAAGGAUGCUUGACACAUGGAGCAAAGUGCUGCUUGUGCAUUCAGCGAAUGAUGAUCCAUCGUUUUAUUGGAAAAAAAUGAAAAUCCAAUUAAAAAUUUUAACAAAAUUUUCAUUAAAUGACACAGAAAAAAACCAGCUCUGCACAAUUUUAACCAGAUAUGUAUCUGUUCUCCUAUUCAACGCAGAAGAAGGAGUUUCCUUAAAAAAAGAUUACGAUUUUCCAUUACUAAUGGAAACCCUAACCAAACAGCUAUCCCCGUUUAAUGUCUUAGAAAAAUCUCAAGUCUGCAAACUGUCUAUCUCCCUAUUAACUCUCAUGAGGUACGUCCCUAAGCUCUAUAACUACCUCCCUUUUUUCCUAAAAAGAGUCUUCAAAGUUAUAAAGCCUUCAAUCAUCCCUGAAAUUUUCGACGUUUUUCAUAAAAAUUUAAAACUUUUUGAAAAUGAUCUCGAAAAAGAUUUUCAUCAAAAAUUGUGCCAGCAUUUUGAAAAAGUCUGCUUUGACCAAGAAAAAGAAAAAUUGUUAAAAAUUAUUUAUAGAUGGAAUUAUGGACUAGGAGAUAAAGUAUGCAAAUGCGGGAAAAAAAUAUCGACAAAUAUACUGGCCUUGCCGAACUCUCCUGAAAAGCUUUUAAGAUUUUUAAAGACUUCAGAAGAAAAAUAUGAGGAUUAUUCAUAUCAAUCCCCUGAGAUAUAUAAAAAUAAAAAAUGCUAUACUCUACUAGAAGUGCUUAACCAGAAAGAUUAGAUUAUUAGAGGGUCGAGAGGGAUUAUUGCAGCUCACGGAUAGGCUUCGUGCUAGUACUAGGCGGCGCUAUCUUCACAUUUGCCCUUUUAUUCCUAAUGUCACAAAAAAUGGUGACUUAGAGGGUCUCUUGAGAGACCGUCCUAUACAUAUCAUUGGUCCCAGCAAACGAAAAAGACUCCCUGAGCCUCUUCACAGGGCUUAGAGUCUGGAUGGCCGCCUUUGUCUCCUCUAUAGCCCGUCUGAGCCAUAUUACAGGCUCGGUAAUACUCCCAUAAGUACUGAGGGACCUUGUGCCGGUAUGUACGUCUGCAAGCCAGGAAAAAAGGAUUAAGUGUCAGCCCUUUGAACCAAAACUCCACCCAGAGAACUACCACAAUGUGGCUUCUUUUCUCUGUGCCUGAAUCAACCCACGGAAAACCAGAGGCCACGUCAAAUAAAGCCAUUUUAACAAUUCUUAACCAGAAAGAAGAGACUUUAUUUAUUGAUUGCCCAAAGCAUAAUAAUUUUUUGCAUAUGGUCAACAGUGAAGAAAUACCAAUAUUAAUGGACUGUUGUAAUAAAGAAAAAAGAGAAAUUGCUUCAGAAGCAUUUAAAAGAAUGGCUUGCUAUAAUUAUGAGUCAUCUAAAAAAAACGAGCUGAAAAAGAGAAUGGAUUUUUUAAAAGAAGCCAGAAAAUUUAUCAUAAAAGCAAUAGAGCUUUGUCCAGGAAAUUCCGAGUAUUGGCUGAUAUUAGGCCAAAUCUCGUUUUGGAAAUGAAUUUGGGGAUUUUUUGAUAUUUUUUAUAGCAGUGAUAAAUAUUUCGCAAAAUUUGAAGAUGGGGUAGAAGCGGUGCAUGCUUACAAUAUAGCAAUAAAAUUGGAAAAUAAAAAUAAACAGUACAUUUAUGAAGCAAAAUCAGUUUUAUGUUACUUUUUAAGCUCAAUAGACAAAGAAUAUUUUUUCGAAGCACUAAAAUCAGUUGACGAAGCUUAUGGUUUAUAUAAAAUCCAUUCAAAUAUUAUAUGUGUAAUAUACGGACUUAUGCUGACCAAAUCUAAAAACCCAGAAUCUACCCAUAUUUUAAUAGGGCUUUCCCCUUAUAGUGAAAUUGCUAAUUAUAAAAUGAACCCUACACAAGAAAACCUAGCUUUUGUUAACCUUCAAGAUGAUCAUUAUUGCAAAUAUUUAUACCAUAAAAACAGCAAUUCUUUAUAUACUUUACUUAUUGAAAACAAUUUUAUAGGCUCAUAUGAAGCCAAAAGUGAAUUUGAGAUUUUUAUGGAAAGGCCGUUUUUUAUGUGAAAUUUAAUUUCAAAAGCUGGGAUUCAGUGUGUGAAACAGGUAAAAACGGAAGGGAAAGAAAAAAUAAUAGAAAUUAUUGAAAAUGUUUUAGCGAUUAAGAAAGGAAGAAGAAAUAAAGCUUUAUCAAAAAUUUUUAUGGCGUGCUUACACUGGCAAUUUUAAUAAUGAUUAUAAUUAAAAAUUAACCUAAUAAAUAUCUUUUAUUUAAAAUUUUAAAAAAUUAAUGCUGUAGUUUUUUGUUGAUUAUUAAAAGGAGAGAGUUAGAGGAAUUAAUUGUUCAAGGAUAUAAUCAAGAUGCGCAAAAAUACCUGGAAAAAAUUUCAAUGCUGACUCCUCAAGAAAAGAAAGAAAUCAAGGUGAAACUUGGAGCUGAUAUAUAA